UCAUAUCAAAUUUCUUAUCUUAAAUUAUGGCUCAAAUUGCUAAGCUUGAGACCAAGGCAGAGAUUACAAAUCCUCCUGCUAAGGUCUAUGAUCUCCUUAAAUAUAAUCUAAACAAGUUUGUGAAUUUGUUCCCACAAGUGUUCAAAAGUAUAAAGUUAAUUGAAGGAGAGGAAGGCCAUGCCGGAAAUGUUAAGAUCGUCGAAUAUGUAAUAGGUAAGGCAAUGAGUGCAAAGGUGAAGACUGAAGAAAUAAAUGAUGAAGAGAGAUCCAUGAUAAUGAGGGUUGUUGAAGGGGAGGUCUUGCAGUUAUACCCUACAUUCCUCUGCAAGAUUAGUGUGAGCGAUGGCUUUGUGAAUUGGUCGAUUGAGUUCGAGAAAACCAAAGAUUCAACACCUAAACCAGAUGCCUAUGCUCAAGUUCAUUCCCAUGUUACUAAACUCAUGGAUCUUUACCUUCUCACCAAUUGAUACAUCUAUGAAGGACUUAAAACUACCUACUGAAAUGCAUACUAAUCAAGAAUGUCGGAUCUGACUUUUCAGCUCUACCAAUAUCCACUCUUAUGUAUAUGCCUCGCAUGCCAUGUAUGUUUAUCGUAUCGUACGACGUACGAAUAAAUAAAUCAUGUUCCUAUCUUUGUAUUA